CUUUUCUCUCUCUCUCUCUCUCUCUCUCUCUCUUACAGUCAAUACUCCUUCCCAACAGACGAGAUGGCCACCAACAAACGAACAAAGAACACGCACAAAUAUUAUAUAUAUAAACCUCUCUUCGUGACAUAGAUGUAGAGAGAGAAAGCAGGGAGAGAAACACAACCAAUACUUUCUAUUUUCUUGUAUAUAUUUGAAUACACACAAUAUAAUCAUCAAAGAGGGAAAUUGAUUUAAGCUCAUUUUUUGUGUUCUUCUAUUAGAACUUUAGAUCCAGUAAAACCCUAGAGAACUCCUGCAUUUGCCUUCAAGAAUUACUGGAUUCGUUUUCAAUUUCGCAGUUUGCUGUGAAGUUGAAGAACUUCUGCGCUUGCGUUUGUGGUCGGUAAUGGUGGAAUUAACGGUGAAUUAGUGUGCGCGCUUUGAGUUUUUGUUACCGGUAAUGGAGGACAGAGGAGGAGGCGGUGGUGGAUCAUUUGUUGCAGUUAGGAGGAUUUCACAUGGACUUGAUAGAAGCAACACCUGUAAUACAGCUUCAGCUGAGGUUGCAGCAGGCUCAGCAGCAUGGCUUGGCAGAGGCCUCUCAUGUGUUUGUGUUCAGGGAAGAGAAGGUGACUCUCGCCCAUCAUUUGAUUUGACCCCUGCCCAGGAAGAUUGUUUACAGAGGCUGCAACACCGUUUAGAUGUUGCUUAUGAUAGUUCAAUUCCUGGACAUCAGCAAGCAUUGAGGGCAUUAUGGGGAGCCGCCUUUCCUGAAGAGGAACUCCAUGAUCUAAUUUCUGAACAGUGGAAGGAGAUGGGGUGGCAAGGGAAAGAUCCUUCCACUGAUUUUCGGGGUGGAGGGUUUAUAUCACUAGAAAACUCAUUGUAUUUUGCCAGAAAUUUCCCGAAAUCAUUUCAAGAUCUUCUUAGAAAGCGAGAAGGCGUCCGUUCCAUGUGGGAAUAUCCUUUUGCUGUAGCUGGUGUCAACAUUACAUUCAUGCUUAUUCAGAUGUUGGAUCUUGAAGCAGUUAAACCACGAAGUUUUGUGGGAGCAACCUUCUUGAAGUUUCUUUCAGAAAACGAAUUGGCAUUUGACCUUCUUUAUUGCAUUACAUUCAAGCUAAUGGAUCACCAGUGGCUCGCUAUGCAUGCAUCUUACAUGGAUUUCAAUGCGGUGAUGAAGUCAACACGUCGUCAGCUUGAAAGAGAGCUUCUGCAAGAAGACGUAACAAGGCUCGAAGAUAUACCCUCCUACAGCCUUCUCAGCCGAUAGCAGUUUAAGUCUGUUUGAUUUGACAACACUUUUAGCUACAAAAAAUGGAUUUUCGCUAUUUACUAUAUGGCAAAUGCCCCAACUGUUUGAUUCCAUAUUAUUUUUGUGUAAAACUGUAUAAGAAAGCAAAGAAGAAACACUAAUUUGUAAGGGUGCUGGUGGGUUGAUUGCUUGUCUAAUACAAACUAGUCUUGUGGGGUGAUGCUUAUAAUAUUUAUUUAUUAUUAUAUGACAUGAAUUGUUUCA